UGCACGCAACAUUAACACGAGACCGUCGUUGCAUUGCAGAGAGCAGACAACAAAGUCACAGACUUUUUGACAAGUUGUGUUGCUUAUUUCUCCAGAUUAAGCUAUGUCUAGGAGGAGACGUCUAGAAGAUGAUGGAGAGGAUGACACUAGGAGUCAGAAACGACGAAGGACAACAACUGAUCAGAACGAGAUUGAAGAAAGACUAGAAUCUCUCAUCACAAGAGUAGGAGAAAAGAGUACGUCGUCCUUGGAGAGUAACCUUGAAGGAUUGGCGGUUGUCUUGCAAGCUGACUUGCCCAACUACAAGCCCAAAAUUAUCAGCAUCCUGCGUGAAUGGGACUUGAUGAAAGCCAACGAGUGGGACAAGGCCCGCACCCUGACCCGAUUCAUUGCCGACUUGGUCAAUUGUCACGUGGUGGACGUCUCCUCCAUUGUGGCUCUGUACGAAGCAUUUGCUGACGUCACCCUGGAGGAGGGAAUCCCUCAGGUCCGAUCAGACUGGUUCGUCCACGCAAUCCUUUCUAGCCUUCCCUGGGUUGGAGGAGAGGUGUCAGAGAAAAAAGACGAGGAACUGGAGAAAAUUUUGAGCAAGAUUGAGAGUUACCUCAGGAAGCGAAAAAAGGAUCAUGUUGCUAUGCUGAGGGUUUGGCACAGUGACAGCCCCCACCCACAGGAAGAUAGCCUGGACUGCCUGUGGGCCCAGACGGUGAAGCUUCGCCACGACGACUGGACCCACAAGAGCCUCCUGCGACCUUACCUGGCCUUCGACAGCGUGCUGUGCGAGGCCCUCCAGCACACCCUUCCCCCUUUCACAGUCCCUCCUCACAGCCCCAACAACAUCUACCCGCUCCCCAAGGUGGUCUUCAGGAUGUUUGACUACACUGACGCCCCAGAGGGUCCGACCAUGCCGGGGCACCACUCCAUCGAGCGCUACUUGGUCGAGGAGCAGCUGAAUUUUAUCAUUAACGCCUACAUCAAGGACCGCAAAGAAUGUGCUGCCCAGUUGGUAAGUUACCAUGGGAAGACCAAAGUGCCGCUGAACUACAUGAUCGUGGAGGUGGUCUUUGGUCAGCUCUUCAACUUGCCCCAGCCCACUAAUCUUGAGGUGACCUACACCGCUCUGUUGCUCGAGCUCUGUAAACUCCAGCCGAGUUCUUUGCCUCAAGUCCUUGCCCAAGCCUCAGAGUUGCUGUACGAGAGACUGGACAGCAUGAACCUCAACUGCAUCGAUCGCUUUGUCAACUGGUUCUCUCACCAUCUCAGCAACUUCCAGUUCCGUUGGAGCUGGGACGAUUGGGCUGACUGUGUUAGUAUGGAUCUUGAAAUGCCCAAGCCAAAGUUUGUCCAGGAAGUCUUGGUGAAAAGCAUGAGGCUUUCCUACCACCAGCGCAUCAUUGAGAGUCUCACCAACCCCGAGCCGUUCACCCCACUCCUCCCUCCAAAGCCUGUGCCAGUCUACAAGUACAACGAGGAAGGAGCUGGUUCCUUGCCUGGCACCAUGAUUGCUCACAAACUGAUGGAGACCAUCAAAGCUAGAGCAACCUGCUCUGAGGUCAUGGGUGUACUGGAUGACGUGCCCAACCCAACCCAGGACUCAGAUAGCAUAGAAGACGAGUCUACAUUCAACCCUCUGAAGAUUGACAUCUUUGUGCAGACGCUGCUGUUCCUGGGUCAAAAGUCGUUCAGUCAUUCCUUCAGUGCGCUGGCAAAGUUUCAUGAAGUGUUCAAAAACCUUGCCGACUCUGAGGAGAGUCAGAUUCAUAUCCUGAAGAUGGUUCGCGAGCUCUGGUGCAACCACCAACAGAUGAUCUGUGUCUUAAUCGACAAGAUGCUGCGGACCCAGAUCGUGACCUGCCCAGCUGUCAUCAACUGGCUGUUCUCCGGCUCCAUGAGAGAGGAGUUCACCAAGUACUACGUGUGGGAGAUCAUCCACUCCACCCUGCGCAAGAUGAGCAAGCACGUGGCUAAGAUCCAGCAUGAGCUGCAGGAGACGCGAGAGAGGGCACUCAAGACGAAAAAGAGUAUGGAGAGUGAUGAUAACUCUGAGAGUGACUCAGACUCGGAUGACACCGAGUCACAGAUGGAGAGGUUACAGGAAUCAUUGGAAGCGGCCCAGAGCGAACAAAAGAACUUGUUUCUCAUCAUCUUUCAGCGGUUCAUCAUCAUCCUCACCGAGCACAUCGUGAACUGUGAGAACCGAGGAGUGACCUUCCACACGCCAUGGUACAACUACUGUAUCCAGAGACUGCAGCAGAUAUUCCUCAUGCAUUACAGCCAGGUCCUAAGCUACACAAACACCCUUGAGAAUUUGGUGUUUAGCGGAGACACCGACCCCAACAUCCUGCGAGUUUUUCAGCAGUUCCGUUCCCUCAGCUCGUGAUGGAUGCCCCGCACCCGUGAGAAUGGGAAACCCCUCGUUUAAAAAAAAUUGUAGCCCCCCAAAAUCAUUGUUAGAGUAAGGCCCUCGUAAGAAUUUCUGAAUGUACAUUGGAGACAACAGAACCAAAAGGCUCGAGUAAAUUGUCUUGCUUAUGGACAUAUUAUCUCACUUCAAGGUAGGCCUUACCAACUGUUUUGUGUAAAAUAUAACGAAGGACUGGGAACCACUUUAUCUUCACUCUCAACAUUUCACCCUCAUUAGCUUGUGCACAGUUCCUAUAAAGUGACCUCAUCUUAUACAGUUUACCCUCAGUUUAGGGUCUACUCUUUUAAUUUGAGCCGCGGCUGUUCUCAUAGAGGUUGAUAGGCUGUCUAGAGUUAUGGUGGUUGCACUUGGCCCCUACAGUUUUUAGUUGCUGUCUUUUGGGGUCGAGUCCCAGUAGUGCUGACCGGUUGAUUCCGCAUCGCCCAACACAGCACUUCAUCAGGGAUAAGAGUCCCGUUUUGACUGGGCAUUAGGAUGGGAUUGGGUUGUUUGCACGGUACAUCACAGAGGGGGUACUUUGUUACAAAGCAACAGUGUCUAGCAGGGUCAACAACGUACAUAAACGUGUUCCCUGUGUGUUUGCAUGAAUGGCAGUUGCAUGGUACCAGCCUUGCCUCUGUCAUCAGUCACAGCGUGCUUGCGCACAAAGCUCGCUCUUUAUAGAGAUGCCACUUCUCGUACGACUUUGAAUGUGGAAUUAUUUUUCUUUGGCUCAAUCACCAUCAAAAUAGUCACUUCAUCACUGGGAUUUAGUAUCUUGUGUGCUAACUGUGGUGCUGAAUUUGUUGGUAGCAUUUAAAAAUUAGUUAAAGUCUGUAUUCGGCACUUGUUGAGGUGUCCUUUAGGUGCCUGCAUACUGCAGUGGUUAAUGUCUAUCAUUACCAAAAACCAUUGUACCAUGGGAACCCGCUUUGCUAGCACUCAUUUGUGCAACUAAUUAUGUAGCUAAUAUGGUCGAUUUACAAAUCUGUUGACCCGGUGCGUGUGUGGCAUGGGUCAACAGAUUUUGCGCACUGUGGUCGGUCAACGCAUUGCGAACUCUUGAAGAGGCACUAUUGUGAAUCGCCCGUACUGUAUGUCUGCAUCUGUUUUGAUUUCAGUUGAAGCUGUGUCUGUAGAAGGCCUGUUAACUCAGUUUGAGGGGUUGAAUUUGACAAUUAUCUUUAGAAGUUGUCUGGAUUUUACAAGAUCCUAUGAAUUUUACACCAUUUUACACUUUUUUUUUAACAGUAAAUGGAAUUCCGAAUGGAAUUAAAUUUUUGAGAACUCGAUGAAAGGGAAAUCAUGGAAUACUAAACUUAAAUUGUCUCCCACAUUGGUGCAGGAACGGCAGAUGAAACAAUGGGGCCUGCUGGAGAGAGUCAAGAAUAUUUUGUGCACAAAACUCUUAGUUCCCUAUGAGAGAAACUCAACUCAGUACAUGCACUUGACAGCAAUUGGGACUAAUAUUCUUUAGUAUUAUUUUUAUUUUUUUUUUGUAGCUAUGUGAGCACAGCUUUACAUUGAGUGUAUAACACAUAUCAAAGUGUAUCAACCAAUGGAAUUCACAUCAACAUGUCCAUGUACACCAAGAGAAUUCUCUGCAUUGUGAAUGGUAUGUGAAGUGGAUUUCCCAGCCAGCUUUUGGAGGUUUAAUUCUUUUUUUUUCUCAUGUCCUUGUUCAUGGGUACAAUGAUAGACUUGUAGCAUAUGACCCAAAAACAGGUUUUAAAAUAUGCAAUGUUGUGUUCAAGGUGGCAUAUACUCAGAUUCUAAUGUUCACAAACAGCACACGUUUAUUUCCUGCAGAGGUACAAAGUAUUACAGGUCAGAAUUUGUUUUCGAAAAAGUUGAGCAUGUGGGUGUUGUCAAAGUUGCCUAUAGUCUAAUCCUUAAAAAAAAGGGUUUAUUUACAUGUAGUCAACUGCUGUGCGUUUUGUUUUCAGUGAUAAUACCGUGCACAUUGUGGAUUGAUUGUAAAUAGUGCCCAGUUUGAAUUUUGGGAACGUGGAGGAAAACUCUUUCAGAAUUAAAAACUCUCAUACAAAAGACAAGA